GAAGAUGACAAUAACAACCUUGGGUCAUUUCCAAGUCUCAUAACUUUUGUUGAGGAAAAACGGCAGUGAUUUUAAUAGAUACAGUACGACAAAAGGAUUGCGUAAAAUGAACUUUUGUAGUUGACAGUGUAGUCAGUAGUCACUGUUGCCGUUGUAUUUGUAAUUUUUCACUGAUUAUCGAUUAUUCACUUAAGUUCGUUUGUGCGUAAAAGUCUAUCAACAAUGUCUACGCCAGCUAGGAGAAGAUUGAUGAGAGAUUUCAAAAGAUUGCAGGAAGAUCCACCAACGGGUGUGAGUGGAGCACCUACAGACAAUAAUAUUAUGAUUUGGAAUGCAGUUAUAUUUGGGCCACAUGAUACACCAUUUGAAGAUGGUACAUUUAAAUUAACUAUUGAGUUCACUGAAGAGUAUCCAAAUAAAGCACCAACAGUAAGAUUUGUAUCAAAAAUGUUUCAUCCAAAUGUAUAUGCAGAUGGUGGUAUAUGCCUAGAUAUAUUACAAAAUAGAUGGAGCCCUACAUAUGAUGUUUCUGCCAUACUAACUUCAAUCCAAUCAUUACUUAGUGAUCCGAAUCCAAAUUCACCAGCUAAUUCAAUGGCCGCUCAGUUAUACAAGGAGAAUCGACGUGAAUAUGAAAAGAGAGUGAAGGCUUGUGUUGAACAGAGUUUCAUUGAUUAAUUUUUUUUUUUUUCAAAGUGCUUACAUUUUCAUCUUUAGUAUUUAUCAAAUAUUAAGAAAAAUAAAUAAUGAUAUGUUUAUGUAAAACAUGUAUUUACAUUUCCAAAAUUCAAU